UUCAGCUGGUUUAUGGAACGUAAUUACAAUGGGAAUUGGCAGCGGGUUAAAAAAUUUUCAAGUGGCUAGUCAUGGUUACAUAGACCAAGAUAAAAAAAAAAGGGAUAUGGAAACUCCGUUAGCCAGUCAAUCAUUAUUACUCUUGCUGGUUCUCACUAAUCAUUGUACUGCAACAAGUAAUCCCUACCGAGAUGCACUUUUUACUUUCACUGAUAUGGAAGAUGGCGAUCCGAUGACUCCUACGAAAGCAAUAACCACCUUUCAAUUCAACUUACAUAAACUCUACGCUACAAUAUGUAAAAUACCCAGCACGGAUCAAGUUACGCUGUUACUGUACAUGCUUCUUCAUAGAAAUCCAAAUGUCAAGAAAUACAUAAUGAAGAGACCUGACAUUAAUUUAUUGGUAUGAACUUAUAUUUAUGCUGUAUCUAAACAAUUAGAAACUGUUUCGAGAUUCAGCUAAUAUAAAAUAAUCUUUAUCUCAUUAGUCAAUAGGUCAUAAGAUAAUAUUGCAUAUAGAUCAUACGUUAAAUACUUACCUGUAAAUUCGUUUUGAUAUUGGAAGGAUCAUUCACCUUUUAAUCGGUAAUAAAUAGUAUUCUUAUCAAUAUAUAAAAUUUGUGUAGCGCUAACUCCUUGUCAUUUUAUAAAAAAAAUUAUAAGCAGUGAAAGGUUAUUGAAAACCUGUUUCGUUGAAAGGUAAAAAUGCACUCUGUGUUGUACAGGAUAACAAAUAGGAAAUUACUAUUUUUAUUAUUUUAUUUAGAUUACUAUUUUUGAAGAGGUACAGAAAUAAAAAAAAAACGAAAUGAUGGUUUAAUAGUAGAAACAUUGAGGUUUUAUUAAGGAACACAAUUGUAUGUUUUAAAAGUUUUAUACAGGGUGUUUCGAAAUUACCUAACCAACGGGGUAAGGCGGUGUUCGGGAGGCACCACUGAUCACGAAAAUGACCUUCCUUUUCUCCGGAAGCUCAUAUUUUUAAAUAGGAGCAGGUCAAAGUUGACCAAUCAAAACGAGGUAUCAAGAGAAACGUAGGCACCUACGAACUCUGAGUUUUCUUUCCUCGCUUUUGUUCCUCAGUGGCUUUGAGCAGGAUGACGUUAGCUGAAAACAUGCCUAUUGGAUGUCACCCGCUGAGAACAGAAGUUCUUAAUUGAACAGUCAAGCACUUACUGAAAACUGCAAUGUUCUAUAAUAAUGCCAUUUGAGUUACACAGAUAUCUCUGUCACGUCUUACGUAGAUUAUCCUGAUCUCGCUUUUCUUCCAUUGAUCGUCAGCGAUUCGUGCUACAUCCCAUUGACAUAUCGCAAUAAAAUUCGAAUGCAAUUGACAACUUUUCAUAAUUUAUAAAGCAUAUUCCUUAAAGGCCAUUCUACAAUGCAAUAUAA